AUGGCCAAGCCAUUUACACCGGCUGACGCUGGCUUGCAUAUCUGCCUCUGGGGACAGUGUGAUAGCACAGGUUUCGCCACGCGCGACGAACUCAACUGGCACGUAAAACGCGAACACCUGCUUCUCUGCCCGGUCCCCGGUUGUCUCGAAAGCGUCUUCACCCAUAAAGACAUUUUAGACUCUCAUCUCAAAUUUUCCCAUAAAGAGGCAGCGACGGAGAAGACUGCUCGCCAACAGAGAGACAUCCACGGGAUCGCGACUGCCCCUUUGGCGACGCCGAGGGCCUUCACGAAGAGGGCGGGGGAGGAGGAGGACAGGCUCCUGAAGAUGGAGAUGAGCAUUGGCAUCUCGAAAAAAAGGUGCGGAGAUCAGCUAAAGAGUGUGCUCGAAAGGAGGUCGAAGAGGGUGAAUGGAGGCACCCCGAGGGCUGUCGAAAGCCCCGGCAUGACCGGGAACCGUACGCCCAAGCCCCUCGACACAGCGAGUUUCCCAAUCGUAUGGGAACACGGGGUCCUGCCCUUCCUCGCCGAGUUUCUCCCCAAGUGGUGCGGUCCCGGUCACGUUAUCAGCGUGGCGCGUGGGAACACCCCCGAUUCUCGACGCAUAUUUAUCAUGACGAGGCGGGUCGUCUCUAGAGCUCGUAGGCUAGUAAUCGCGCAACAUGUCCGGGACUUGCUGCCGGAGCCCUAUCGCAGCACAGCUUCAUUUAUGUUUUCCGUCGGGACGGUUAACCGGCUCGUAUGGGCGCGGGGGUUGAGCAAGGAGAUGCCGGACGAGAUCUGUGUCCCGCGGAACCCAUUCUGCUAUACGAAUCCAUGCAUGGGGGACAGCAUCGGGAUCUCGGAAGACGGCGAUGAUAUCACAGCGACCCUUGGACCAUGCGUUACGGUUGGAGACGGGAGCUACUGGCUUGUCAACUUCCACCCCUUUGUGGAUGUAAGCAGAGGAUCGCACCCGGUACCGAUCGAGCAUCCAUCGCCAGCGGAUCGUGCAAGGUGCCUAUACGAGAAGCACGAUGCGUUAAGCAGCAAUAGCCUCAACUUCCGCAUUGGAAAUUUAGCAGCAACCUCGGGCUUCAACUUGGAGACCACUCGUAUAUCUCACGACCCGUACUGGGAAGAAUGCGACAAGGAGCCUCCGCUAAUCGUAACAGACUGGGCGUUGAUAUCUGCCUCGACGCGGCAAGCGAACAUACUAAGGAAGUUCCCGACCGCCAACCAGAGGAAGGAAACUCCAGUAACUCUGAUGGCUCCCGUCGUGCCUGGAGCGACCGCGUGCUCGACAGGAAGAACGUCGGGCUUCCAGCACGGCCAGGUAUGCGAAAUCCCGGCGUAUCUCGACGGCGCAGAGAACGGGACCGGAAAGGCGUCGCGCGAAUGGUAUAUCGAGGAGCCGCAUCCGUACGAUGACGAGGACAGCUGGAUCCGCGGCGGCAUCGGCGUCGAAGGAGACAGCGGCGCCGCCAUCGUGGAUUGCGAAAGCAAUAGCCUCGUCGGCCAACUAUGGGGCCGGAACCGGUACCACGGCCCAGGGCCACGGUGGGCGUAUUUCACGCCGAUCCUGGACAUUUUCGACGACAUCCAAGAGCGUUGCGGCCAAGAGCGGCGACCCCAGCUGCCCCAGUACCGCGACGACGCGGACCGCUGGUCCGUCUACCCCGUCUGCAGGACGUGCUUCGAUCUUCACGGCUAUCUCGAGAGCCGGCGCAGCUCCCGGGAGUCGCUGAUGUCGAUGAUCGGGAUGAACGAGGGGAGAACCGGCGACAACGAGAACGACCUCGCGUCCGUAUCGGAACUGGCAACGCCAAAAGACCAAUCCUACUUGGCCCGUUCCUACCUGGUCCGUUACGUAGCGCACGACGAGGCGACCUCGUCGGUCGGCGGUGUCGUUUCUCCGGCACCAUUACACGCAUUUUCCACCUCUAUGUCACAAGCGGUGUCUCCGGGGAACCCAGAACUGCGGAGUCCAUACGCGCAGGCCUUAGACGACGAGGAUCUCUACGAAAAGUGCCAGGGCACAAGUGAGGUCGCACUAGGAAAACGACCAGCUCUGCACCCGCCGAUGGCGCGUGUCGACGGCCAGCAGUCCGCCAAGAGGCAGAGGAUGGUGUGA